CAAAGGUUGGAUUAUUUGCUUUGGCGGUUUGCUGCGAUUGAAACCGCAGGCAAAAAAUCCAAACUGUAACCAAAACUUUUUUGCGGAUCUCCGCUUGGCACGCCCAGCAUUGAAUGUGGGGUUCUGGUGCAGCUUAGAUGGUCCGUGUGUACUUGACAGAUUGGUGAGCUUCACUCAGCCACACGCAUUUCAGAGAUGUAGCUGUGGCUGGUGCAACUGAAGGGCACGGUGUCAGUUGGGCACCGAGUUCUGCCAGUCUACUUUAUGAGGGCGUCACUGCUGCCUGGUGGGCAAACAAAAGAGAGCAACGGACAUUCUACUGUGUACCUAUGAUCAAGCUUAUCAACGCGACGAAGGGUUUGGAGUCACUCAAUUGAAAGAGAGUUGGCGUGGCGGCACGGACGAUAGAAUGCCCAACCCCAAAUCCCGAAUUCAUCUUUUCGACAUUCCAUCAAAGGAUGCAUCAAAACCUCACCAGCAACACACAAACUAUCAGAUCAUGCCUGGAACGCGUCUAGUCAUUUAUUUCACCUUCAGAAAUUAAUGUUGGUGACCUGUUUUGCUGGGUCACUGCAUUCGCGUCAUUAUCGCGUAUCCCUGUUCACUUAGCGCCAUUUGCGACCCAGCACCGCAGCUGUUUCAGCCUGUCGCCUCUGGUCGCAGUUGCCAUCUUCUUUUCGCCAUGGCCAGGAUGGUAGGUACGAGAAAUCAAGAUUCCAUCCAUCGAGAGCCGUUGAGAUAACGAGAUAUUGCCGUGGUGUUGGUCCAUCCUGGUGAGGGAGCCGAAAGCGUCGGAUUGGAAGUUGCUGGGCCUAUAGUCUGGUGUAAGUAAAUUUCGAAAAAAAGGUCGCGGUACAAAACCACGCCGAACCCCCCCCAAACUGACCAACCAGCGCCCGCCAAAGCAUCCCCAGCCACCGACCAUCAAAAGGCCACCCUCCCCGGCUCGAGUUUUUCCACCUCCGAGCAACACUCUCUGGCAAGGCUAGCAACCCCAAGCCUAUAAUUCUCAGCCUUUACCCCGGCCGACUUUUUUCGCCAAACUGUGAGUGGUUGCCAAUUUUCUCCUUCGCUUUUUAUCUUUUGGGGUUCGCGAUCCAACGCGUGUGCACGUCCCCAUCCACCUUGCCCACUCCCCGCCGCGCGCCCAAUCGUGUGUCUUCCACCAUCCACGUCGUCGUCGACAUCUCGCCGUCGCAAUUUGGACAACCUAUCAGCUCCAAUACAAUAAACCAUCCCAUUUAUUUCAUCAAACGACUUGUCUCUCAACUUGUCCCCCGACGCGCCGCUUCGAUACGCUUUGACUCGGCCAUGCGUUGCUAAUUCAACGACUCCUUGACCUAGCCGAUUUCAUGUCGCGUCGUUCCUGAAUCCAGAAAUCCCCAAAUCCCGAAUGGCAGUUAUGGCCACUCAGCAAUCAGAAGGCGCGGUUGUUGGCGAAAAGCCUGUCGCCAGCUCGCUGGAGCUCGAGAAGGAUGCGCGCAAUGGCGGCGCCGAAGUGAAUGGCCACACUUCCCCCGAAGCCCCAAACCACACCGAAAAGGACGAGACCGACUCCAAAAAAAGCCACAACCAAGAAGCUUUCUCAACAAACAGUGCACUGAAAAGCGAGUCGGCCGAUGCCAGUGACAAACCAAUCCCAGACGUUCCCACAGAUGCAAAGGAGGCGCCCAAGGACGCCGAGCCCGUAAAGAUGGACGUCGCGACUCCACCCGACACAGAAAUGCCGGAUGCACCACCAAGUCCAGCUGCCGAGGUGAAGCAAGCCGAGACACAAAUCGAGCUUCCAGCCGAAGUCGCUCCCGACACACAAUCUGCGGCUCCAUCGAAAGAAGACCAGCCAGCCAAGCCGCCCACGCCUGACGCCCUGAUCACAUCUGACGCAAAGAACGAGGCUCCGACCAAAGCCAUGUCCACUUCGGUAUCUCCCAUGACCAAGACGGCCCCUACCCCCCCAGCUACCGAUAAGGAGGAAGAUGUGGUGAUGGCAGAUGCGCAGGUGACCGCCGAGAGCACUCAAGAGACGCCUGUUUUCGCAACUGUCCCGGACGUGAAGCCGAGCAUCGAGAAGGAUCCAGCUCCAGCGUCGCCCUCCAAGGCAUCUCCUCCAAGCGCGACGGCCGAUACCAGCAUGUCUGACCUGGCUGCGUCUGCCAAGGUGUCGCGUGAACGGGAUAUCGACAGUGAGGAUGAACCAGUUGCCAAGCGCACCAAGGUUGAUCAUUCCAUCGAGGCGAAGAACAAUGUCAACCCCCAAGAUCGCAUGGAUGUCGACCGCCAGUCAGCUCCCCGGGCCACACCCGCGCAGGCUGCGAACGGAAGACCCAAGUAUCUCAAUGACGAUUCUCUCAACGACAAUCCCAUCACAGAUUGGCAGAACCGGCAAAUUCGUCAAGUUCUUGCAGGUGUCAAAAAAACCAAGGUGGGCGGCAACUUUCGGCAAUCGGUUCAGCAUCUGUGGCCCAUGCUCUGGCCUGAUUACUCCGCACGGAUUGCCAAUCCUAUUGAUAUUUCGGCCAUGGAGAGACGCUUGCGUGGGGACGGGCAGAGCUACAAGAAUCUUGGCGAGUUCAAACGGGACUUGAAUCUGUUGGUGGAAAACGCCGUCAGCUUCAACGGCGAGGCUCACGAAGUGACUGUGCAAGCCAAGGGCUGCCGUUCUGCUAUUCUCGACCGUCUCUCCAAGGUCCCUGCCGCUGAACCUGCCCGCCCCGACAAGAAGGACAGCAUCAAGCAUCACAAUAUCCGCCAUGCCGAACCCCGCUCUGCCGUCCACCAGUCUUCCACCGCCACGCCCCGUCCCCCAAAACCGGCGGCCCCAGCCCCCAAGCCCGCUGUCGAGAACCCUGCUUUUGCCAUCCCUCCCGGCAACAACGGUAUGCCGCUCAUUCGGCGCGACUCGACCAAGGUUGACAGCCGCGCCAAGCGCCCCGUCAAGCCACCUCAGCCAAGAGAUGUCUUUACCGACAAGCGCAAGAAGAAGCUCCCCCCCGAGCUUCGGUUCUGCGAUGAAGUUCUCACCGAGCUGAGGAAGACCAAGUAUUACGAUUGCAACGGCGCCUUCCUUCAACCCGUCGACGUCGUCGCUCUGCAAAUCCCCACAUAUUACAAGGUCGUCAAGAAGCCCAUGGACCUUUCCACCAUGGCCAACAAGCUGCAUUCUGGCGAGUACGCUUCGGCCAAGGACGUUGAACGAGACUUUGACCUGAUCGUUAAGAACGCCAAGGCCUUCAAUGGAGACGACCAUCCCGUCACCAUUGCCGGCUACAAGCUGCAGAGUCUCUUUCGCGCCGAGAUGAAUCGUAAGGAUGAGUGGCUCGCCCGCAACGCCCCUCCCGAAGUGAUCAACACAGCCAGCCCGCGGGUCAAAGACGAGUCCGACGACGAGCCCUCGGACACGGAACCGGAGCCAGAGCAAUCCGAGGAGAUCACUAAGGCCCAAACCAAGAUCACCAGCAUCCAGAAACGACUCGAUGACGAGCAAAAGAAGCUGUCCGAGAUGAUCAACACUGGAUCGGCAAGCGAAGAGGAUGUUGACAUUUCUCACUCCAUCAUCAGCACUUUGCAGAAGCAACUGAUCCGAGAGAGGAACAACCUCAAGGAGCUGACUGCCGCCGUCAAACCGGCAAAGCCAAACAAGCCUGCCAAGUCCAAGAAGACGCACCAGCACCUUGGCGGCGUCACCAAGAAGGCCGCUGCCGCAGGAGGAGCGGGCGGGGGUGGCCAUCAUGCCGCGGGAGCUGUUAAGAAGGGCCCCAAGAGACCGCCUCCUAAGAAGAAGAUCAGUGAGGCUGAGAAGGCUGUUAUCACCGAGCAUCUGAGCGAGCUGGACGGUGUGCCCUUGGAGCGGGCCAUCGAGCUAAUCAAGAGGGACACGGGACAGGGAGAGAAUGAGUCGGGCGAAUUGGAACUUGAUAUUGAGCAAGUCUCCGAGGAGGCCCUGGUCAGGCUCUACGAAAUAAUAAUCAAGGCCCACCCACACUUGAAGGUCGAGAGGGAGAAGAAGGUAGUGGACAAGACUUGGGGCCAGGCGGCGGACCAUCACCACUCCAACAGCAAUGCCAAGUCCAAGUCGGGCGCUGCGUCGGCGGCGUCCAAGUCCAAGAAGAACAAGCCCAUGAGCAAGUCGGAGCAGGAGCGCCGCAUUCAGCAGCUCAACGAAUUGAGAGCACAAGCUAACCGCAACCAAUCCGGCAGUCAGGAGCCAAUGGAGUCGAUUGAGGGAACAGGCAGGGCCUCAGCCGAGCCUCCCACGGCGGUCAAUGCCGACAGUGAGGACGAAGUCGAUUCCGAAGAGGACUAAAGAGCGCCGUCACUUGUUCAGUGUGACACAUGGCCAACCACUCUACCAUCAUACCUAUCGCCAUGUUACCUCUUCUUGGGUUUCUCCAGCAUCCACAUCAUGUGUCGACGGACCUGGCCUUUUAUUUUCAUCUUGGUACUUGACUUGGCCACCCCGAUCUCCGCCGAAGCGUGUGAUCUUGGUUACCUAGCCUUCGGCCACACAGUCAACCAGCUCCCUGUCCUGCCAUCCCUCAUCAGCGCUACCCCCCCGUUUGUGUUUGCCACUUAACCAACCGUUGUCGCCAAGGUCUCUUUAGCCUUUUGGCCUGUAGGAAUAUUUGUCUGUACCAUAUUAUUAACUUCCACGGUCUUGGGUCGCCGGCAACGUCACAGCACGUUGUGGUCAUGCGCGAUGGGUUCUCUUGCUCACGGUUACCACCAGAGCUUUGAGACGGCCAACAUUGUGGCCAUGAUUCACCGUCGCACCAUGGCGGGGAGUAGAGGAAUGAGAUGGCAAAUGGCGGCGUGUUUCCUCCUGGCUCCUUUGGAGCAGUUGAAACCUUUUCGGAGCAACUUUGCUCACUCAUCGGGCCCGGAUGGGCGGGGAAAUGUCUGAGUAGAGGUGGGGUUGUAAACCUUUGCAAGCUUUGCUGUCAUUGGACGGAGAUCGGUUUUUUCAGCAUAUCCAUCACUGAUAUCUUACCGACGACCCGGCAGCCGCAGCUUGGGGCUUAGCAAGAAAAGCAAAGGGGAGUCAUGGACUUUUUUUCGGGAGCAAUUUUGCGCUCUUCCUCAACAAAGCCUCACUGGGCCGUCUGCUUUUUCCAGCAAGACAGCGAAGUGGAGGAGUGAUAGCGGAGCCAAGUCCUCGUA